CACUGACAAAGAAACACCCCUGCCUGAAAGAACCAGGGUCUUUCAAUGAGAGCUAUGGUUGGAAGCAUAGGAUGAAGAUGAAAAUGGCUAACUACAGGACCCAACUUAAGGCACACGGUACAUCUGCCGAGGUCACAGUGAAUUCUUUGAAAUCCAAGUCUCAAGGGGACUCCUACCCAGCAAAGAAUGUCAAGAGACCUAGACGAGCUGAGGCCAAUCAUUUUCCAUCUUUGCCAAGUGGUGAGACUACAGGAAGCCUGGAACAAGAGAGGGUUUCCCUUUUGACUGAACUACAGAAAAAAAACAACCAUCAAACAAUAAAAGAAAAGAUGGCAAAAACGUUUGGAUACCGUAGACAAGAAAUAGUGCAUAAGCAGCCGAGCAUUGAAGACAUGUUGGCAAGAUGGCCAGCACUUUUUCAGAUGGAAGAGAUUAAUGCUGAGUUUAUGCGGGUGACAACAGUUCCCUUGGAGACAAAGUUCUUAGCGCAGUUGGACAAGCACACAUCGAAACUGCUUGAGGUCAUCAGGAGCAAGGGAGGACGUGUGAAAGAGCAGACCAAGGCAACUUUGCAGGUUUUAGAUGAGACUGUGGACAUCACAAUUAGAAGAGAGUGCAUCUUCAAAUCUUUGAUGAUCUACCUGGGUGAACCUGUUCAUCACCUCAUUAAAGAAUGCCAGGUAAGGGCACUAACACAGACAAUACCUAUAUACCAACUUUUGUUUUGAGAUGCAACAUAACGCUGUGUAUAUAUUUCAGGUAAUAAACAUUCCUCUAAUUUGUAACUAUUUAGAAUUAUGGCCAAAUUGCUCAAAACAGGCUCAUUAACCAAUUAUUAACCAUUAAGAUGCAGGGAGAGCUAUUCAACUCGGUUCACAAAGGGCCGGUGUAGCUGCAGGUUUUUUUUUUUUUUUUUGCAGCCCUUUGUGGACAAAGUUGAAUAGCCCUUGUGUACUGUAUGGAUAUGUACACCUGAAGAUUUGCUUAUUUAUCACAAGUCACAUUGUCAUCACGAUAUUGAACAGUGUGAUCGCACAUUUCACAUUUUGCUGAUAUAUUGCAGGCCUAGUUCAGGUCUUUUGACAUGCAGCUGUAUGACAUCCCCAUCAGCAGUGUCGUGCAUCAACAGUGACUUUCCCCUGACUGCAUCCUGUGAGCAUAGUUCUGGCCUGGUUUUGGUGUUGACAAAAUCACAAAAAUAAAGCGUUUUGCUUGCAUUACAAAACUGUUCAUGAAAAAGUCAAACCUCACAAUCAUGUGGUGCUAUUUUCUCUCCUUUCGUAUCACUGCGUGCAGCAGCCUGUUGAGAACUGUUUUCCAUAACCUGUUUCACAGUGGUUACUGCUCUGAUAGUUAAUGUAAACAUGUCUAUGACACAAGUGAUUUAAGACAUCCCUUUUAACACAGAGCCAAAGGUAUAGGCUACACAGUACAUUUUGCAGUGUUAAAUCAACACUUAAAGAGUUAAAUUUAACACUGUGUCCAAGUGUAUUUGGUCCUUAUCAGAAUUGGUGUUAAAUUAACUUUCCAUAGUGUUAAAAUUUCAGAGUUAAAUUAACUCAAAAUUGAGUAAAAAAUUAACACUGGCUAACACUGGACAGUGUUAA